AUGGAGCGCGAUCAGUCGAUGCCAGAAGGCAGCCACGACGUCGACGACAGCUCAGGAAUCGUCCUGGACCUCGCUGUCACGUGCGGCGGACUUAAGGAGACGCCCGCCAGACCCCGAAAGGACAUCGUAAUCGUAUUUCUGGUCCGCGCCGCAGGGACGGCGGAGUUCUGCGAGGAAAGUCGCUCCAACGGCAGCAGCGGUGGCGGAACGAGUCCAGGGGCGCACUUCAGGACAGUCUACCGCUUCGGCGAAACUCAAAUCCUCAGGUUCGAAGUGUACUGUCAGUACAAGGGCGCUAGGGGACCAGAAUUUCUAGGCAGAGCCGAAUGCACGCCGCUGGACGUGGUCGUUUGCCUAAGUUCUCAAUUCAGGAUGAAGCUGUUCAACGAAGACGAAAACAAGCAGGUCGGUACGCUCACUAUUGUACCGACGGCGACGAAUUUGCCUACGGGUUACUCUGUGCUCGAGUUUUCGGGGACCAGUGUGCCCUUGAAGGAAGUGUUCAAGACUGCAGACCCCAUGUUGGAGUUGUGGAAGGUGGAGAAAGGAGGUCGCGCAACCCUGAUGUACACGACGGAGGUCGUCAACAACAACGCGAAUCCCACGUGGAAGCCCCUCGUUGUAAACAAGGAAAAGCUGGGCGGGAACAACCCGAACGAAGCCGUCGAAAUACGCGUCUUAGACGUUUCAUUUUCUGGCGAGCGAAAAGUGCUGGGAAAAUUCUGGACGUCUGUGAGACAGCUGGCGUCCGGCGCCGAAGGAGGCCUCACAUUCGCCGUUCAAGAAACAGUCAAGGAGAAGGAAGAAUCCGAUAAAGAACCGAUGCUGGUUCAACUUUUGCGGUACAGAGAUUUUCCGUGGUUCUUCCUCGACUACAUGAAUGGAGACUUCCAGUUCAACUUCGCGGUUAUCGUGGAUGUCAGCUCGUCCAACGGAACUAUGCAUACGUUGAGGGGCAAACCGAACAGGUAUAACCUGUAUGAGAACGCCAUUCGGGCGUUCAGCGACGUCAUUCAGCAAUACGACGAACAGCAGAUGAUUCCAUUGGUAGGAUUCGGAGCCAAAGUCCCGCCAAAUUUUAUGAACGAAAGCCUCAUCUUUCUGAAUGGUGCUGAUAGCGUUCGAUGUCGUGGAGUUAAAGGUCUACUAGAGGCCUACAGGACGAAGGUACCGCAACUGGAGCCAGCAGAGCCGUCUGAACUUUCACCAGCUCUUAACUAUGCGGCCAAGCUGGCUAGGGACGCUUCAGACCCGCUCAAGUACUACGUCGUUUUAGUAUUCACGGACGGUAAACUGGAUUACACCUUAUCAACAUUGGACACACUUGUCGGUGCCUCAUCGGCUCCGAUGUCAGUUAUCUUUGUCGGUAUCGGCGACAACGAGCUCCCAUUCUUCAAAGAGAUAGAAGCGAAGAAACUGAGGCAAAGGACGCAGUCCAGGACAACCGCUGAACGCGACUUUGUCAGCACUGUGGCCAUGAAGGACUACAUGUCGUCGAAACGACUACAUGACUUGCCGAAGGACGCCCUUUGUGAUGUGCCUGAUCACGUGAUGCAGUUUUUAGCUUUGAAUGACAUUAAGCCGAAGGAGAAAAAGCCUCCUGUUGGAGACACAGCUGUACCGGUGCGUCCACCUUCUCGCUCAGGGAAGAUAUUGCGCAAUAAAAAGUCCUGUCUGUCAGCUUAA